AUGGAAAACUCAGGCCUCAAGAGAUCUAAUUGAACAAAUAUACAAAAAGAUUUAUCUCAAGGUCCUAUAGAAGAUCCCAAAAACGCAGCAAAUAAAUCAUUGCAUCAUUUAAGAACAAUAAAAAAAGAUUCAUUUUUGCCAAGUGCUCCUGUAUCGAAAGACGGAAAAUCAAGGUUAUGAAUUUUAAGUCCCAUUCAGCCCGAAUCUUCAUGAAAAUUAUUAUGGGAUAUCACAACUAUGAUUUUCAUCGGUAUUGCAAAAAUCAUAAUAAAAUUUAUAAAUAGAUUUUCCAAUCAAAUUUCAAUAAAAUCAAUCUAAUAAUUUAGGUAGAAAAUAUUAUAUAAGGAUUUUGCUCUAGAUCAAUUAUAUUAUCAGUUUUCAUAGUCUACUACGCUAUAACCGUCCCAUAUAGGAUUUGCUUUAAUGUUCCAAUUGCAGGCUGGUGAAAAUAUUUGGAGUUUUUUAUCACUCUUUGCUUCAUGGCUGAUAUUUUUGUGUGCUUUAAUACAGGAUUUUACGCAAAAGGCUCUUUGCAAAUGAAUCGCAAAGAAAUUAUAAAGCAUUACUUAAAAACAUGGUUCCUUUUUGAUUUAAUAGCAAGUAUCCCGCUUACCUGGUUUAUUACUGGACCAUUUGAAGACGGAGACAGCUCAGACAGCGGCCAAGUCAGCUUAUCCAACUCAAACCAGUUUCUAAGGCUUGUAAAAGUUUUCAGAUUUUUAAGAAUUCUUAGACUUGUGCGCAUGGCAAAACUUAAAAGAAUGUUGAUAAAAAUUGAAGACUACAUAGCGAGCAAUGCAAUUGCCACAAUUUUUAUGUUUUUGCGCUUGCUCUCUAUUGUGUUCUUUAUAGCUCACUGGACAGCUUGCUGGUGGUAUUUUUUAGGGGAUUUAGAUAUGAUGUAUUAUCCUACGACCUGGGUGACUGUUGCGAAAAUAGAAAAUUCAAGCCCUUUUGACAAAUAUAUAACUUCUUUAUAUUGGGCAUUUACGACCAUGACAACUGUAGGGUAUGGAGACAUUGUUCCAAAAACACUCCCAGAGAAAAUAUAUGCAAUGUUUGCUAUGAUUGUAGCCUGUGGUGUCUUUGCAUACACUGUAGGUAGCAUUGGCUCUCUUGUAAGCAAACAAAAUGCCGUAGAAAAUGCUUACAGAGAGCAAGUUGUCGCUGUGAAUCGAUAUAUGAGGAAAAAAGACUUGCCACAUGACUUACAAUUCAGAGUAAGAAGAUAUCUUGAAUAUGUCUGGGAAAAUAAAAAGAAAAGCAACCUCGACGAAAAACAAAUUUUGACGCUUCUCUCAGAGCCUUUACGUGACGAAAUCUACGCCCACAUUCACGGGAUUGUCAUCAAGCUUUGCCCAAUUUUUGAGCAAUAUGAGGCCCACUUCAUUUCUCAAUUGACAAGAGCUUUAGAAAGCGAAACUUAUGCUCCUGGAGAUACAGUAAUUGAAGAAGGCGAAAUGAGCACCAAGAUGUAUUUUAUUCAGAAUGGAAAAAUCGACAUUUUUCAUCACUCCACAAAGUCAACUUAUAAAGACUUAGGACCAAAAGAGUAUUUUGGAGAAAUUGCUUUUUUUACAGAAAAGCCAAGAUGCGCCUCGGCGAAGUGUCUUGAUUUUGUUGAUUUGUUAAGCUUGUCUAGAGCAAAUAUGAACCAGCUUCUGGAAAAAUUCCCUGAAGCAAAAGAGCAGACAGACCUGCUGUCAAAAAAAUGUGAAGACAAUGAUUUUUCGACGUUGCUGGUAAAAUGUUAUAUUUGUAAAGAGCUAGGACAUGUAGCAAUAAAAUGCAAAAAAAUAUUGUUGAACUUAGAUAAGGAAGAAACCAAGAAAAAGUGGCUUGAAAAAAGAAGCGCCCCAGAAACAAAACGAUUGACAGCUGAAGACAGCUUUGAGCCAAACUACCAUCGUGUUCCAAAAAUGAAGCUUAUUAACAGAAACUACGAUUCCCGUAAUGUUCGUGGCAUCUCUAAGCCAAUUGCUAACUUUCCUCCGUGAGCGAGUAAACAAUUUGAAAAUUUUUUUUUUAAAAAUAAGUGCUUUGGCGUUAUCUAUAGCUAUAAUUAAGAUUAUAUUUCCUUUCAAAUUAAAAAAAUUAUUAAAAAAUAUUAAACUCUCCUUGAGCGACCUAAUUUUGGCUUUCUUACAGGAAGGAGUAAGCUGUUCUCUAAUGAUCCUCAUAUAUAUCCAAAAAUAGAAGGAUUUAUUGAAAAAUAUGGGCAAGGUCAAUCUUAUUCUAGCUCUAUUGUAAGUGCUACUAAUUCUCAAUUAGAAAUGCCUGCAAGCGAGCUCCCUGUAAGAAAAGCAGACCCAAAGUUUACGAUGAUUUAUAUGGACAGUGAAGACAGUGAUAAAGUUGAAGAUGACAUAUCUCCUGGAUAUGAAACAAAGCCAGCAAGGAAAAAGAAAUUUAGAAUGUCCUUGCUUGAUAGGCUGUCUACCUAUGGAGGGGAACAGCAACAAGCAGAAAAAAAUAAAUCUGGAAAACUGGUUCUGGAAAGGUCUUAUAGCAUGAUUGAAGAAAGAGCUGAGCCGGACUCUGAAGCAUUUGUGAUUCAGCCUCAAGCUAUCAACCCUGAUAUAUCUGAAGACGUCAAAGAAGAGCAAAAGGCAGAGUCAUCUGUAAAUACAGAAAUAUAUCUCCCGAAUUUAGAGCCACUUGAAGGGAAUUUCUUUAAAUCCUCGCCAAGCCCAAAUAGUGAUUCUGAAUUUGGAGAGUCAGAAGAGCCAAGAGAUCUUUAA